UCGUCGUAUUUGUUUAGGCUUCGUGUGCCACUAAUCCGAUAGGUAUAGUUGUAUCUAACAUCGCUGUGUGCUAGUCAUGGGUCUCAUGUGUAGUUCCGGGGAAACACGAGGAACGGCAGUAUCAAAAAAAAUUGACGAAGACAUCCGAGCUGCAAAAAAUCAGAUUCGUCACACGGUGAAGCUUCUCUUGUUAGGUGCUGGGGAAUCUGGGAAAAGUACGGUCGUGAAGCAGAUGAAGGUCUUACACGACAAUGGCUAUUCUGUGGAAGAAAGACGGAAAUACGUACCGGUCAUAAGACAAAAUGCGCUUCAAAGUACGGCUGUGAUAAUGAGCGCCAUGGAACGUCUGGAGAUACCAUUCGCGAAACGUAGUUUGUUGGAACACAUGAAGAAUGUAUCGUCGUAUUUUUCUAUGGAAAGAACGGCGUCGUUGAUCAUUCAAAAGUCAUUGAGUGAUUUCUGGGCUGACGCUGGUGUGCAAACCUGUUACAGACGAUCGAAUGAAUACCACUUGAACGACUCCGCCAAAUAUUUUCUGGAUAAAGCCGAAAUAAUUUUUGACGAAGAGUACGUUCCCACUGUACAGGAUGUGCUUCGCACGCGUCUUCGAACAGAAGGCAUUGUUGAAACAAACUUCACGUACAAGAAAUUAACUUUCCAGAUGGUGGAUGUCGGAGGACAGCGUUCGGAGCGCAAAAAGUGGAUUAUGUGCUUUCAAGGAGUCACUGCAGUUAUUUUUUGCGUUGCUUUGUCCGGGUACGAUCAGAAAUUGAUGGAGGAUGAAGAAACCAACCGCAUGGUGGAAGCGCUGAAGCUGUUCGAAGAAAUAUGCAAUCACCGAAUGUUUGGCGAAUCUUCUAUGAUCCUUUUUCUGAACAAGAAGGACAUUUUCGAACAAAAGAUCCAAGUUUCUCCCUUGUCCGUUUGUUUUCCGGAUUACGAAGGUAAAAAUAAGUAUGACGAAGCAUCCGCGUUCAUCGAACGAAAGUUUUUGGCGCUGAAUCGUCGCUCCGACGACAAAGUUUAUACUCAUUUCACUUGUGCAACGGACACCUCGAACAUGGAAUUCGUUUUCAGUGCCGUCACUGACGUCAUCGUGCGAAACAAUUUGAAGGAAACUGGCUUUUAUUGAAAUUCGGACGCUAUUACCGUGAGAAAGUGCAAGAGGUUGAAGGAGGUCAUUGGUUGUAAAUUUUGCUGGAAAUUCCGGUGGCUUUUUUGUUGUUGAUAAUUUGAAGUUACGAAGGCAGGAAGAAUAAGCUUUGAGAUCGACGACGAUGUCUUGCGUUCGCAAAUUUAACUGUGGGUAGCUUGGCUGCUAAAUUCAUGACUUUUUUUUCGUGUAUUUGAGAUUUUUAAAAAAUUGAAUCAAGAAUAGAAGCUGGAGAAAAUCGCAGAAUUCAGCUUUCAAAUAUUGAGAAAAAUUGCUGUAAAAAGGCUUGUCUAGAUGUUCGGGAUUUUUUUGUUUUUCGGUGCUCUGAUCAAAAAGGGCCGACGAUUAUUUGAGCCUUCGAAAGUCAGUUGAUUGUCUGACCUAUGAGUGUUCUGACGCUUCCGUGUUCAAAAGCUUUCUUCGCAUUGUUCAACAAAAUAUUCCCUUGCUUUAUUGUGAUCUCUCGGCAUGGGAGGCGGAGAAAAAGAAGGCCAGUGUAUUUUCCAAUUCUUGCCAAAUACGGGAUUCCUUGAUCGUGCAAAGAGAUCGACGGUCAAUGAAGGCAACUGAGACCUGUGAAAAUGUUUGAGGCAGUUUUCUGUUACCAGUGCACUUUCGAGUGCGGCUAUUCAAGAGGCAUUUAUGGGGAUUUCAAUUUUUUGAAUGUAUUUCGGCUUGUGGAUUUAUUCGCCACGUUGAAAACUUAGGUUGAUCUUUGUACUGUAAGCUCAACCUUCUGCGUGUUUCAUGGUGUGUUCGUGAGUGUUGCAGAUGCUUCUAUCGGGAUAAAUGCUCAAUUUUCAUA